AGUAGCCGGCUCGGGCCUAGUAACCCAGGAGGAGCUCCCCUCCUCUCCUCCCCUCCCCUCUUGCCUACCCCUUUGCACAGCUGGCUACUCUGACCCAGAGGGCCUUCGUUAAAGAAGAGAGGCAGAGCUCCCAGCCCUGGCCAGAGUGCGGGCAGGGAGUCCUGGCCUCCUAACUCCGCUGCAGCAUUUGUCAUCUGGGAGUCCACACAGUAUGAGGGGCCGUCCUUCCCUGCUCUUAGUCUAUAUGGGAUUGGCCACCUGCCUGGACACCUCACCUCACAGAGAGCAAAACCAAGGACUCUGCUUUUGACUCUGAUGUCCUUAGUUCUUGACAUCUUCCUGGAUGCCCCAGAGGCCCAGAGUUUCUUAGUUGGCCGCAGGCGUUUUCCUCGUGCUAACCACUGGGACCUGGAGUUGCUGACCCCUGGGAACCUGGAACGGGAGUGUCUGGAGGAGAGGUGCUCCUGGGAGGAGGCCCGGGAGUACUUUGAGGACAACACACUGACGGAGCGCUUCUGGGAAAGCUAUACGUACAAUGGCAAGGGAGGGCGUGGACGGGUGGAUGUUGCAGGCCUGGCGGUGGGACUGACCUCUGGGAUCCUCCUCAUUGUCUUGGCCGGCUUGGGAGCCUUUUGGUAUCUGCAUUAUCGACGGCGCCGCCUCAGAGGCCAGGAGUCCUGUCUGCAAGAGACCGGGCUCAUCAUCCCCUUGAGUCCUCAGACGCCUCAAUCUCCACCCUUGCCCCCAGGCCUUCCCACCUAUGAGCAGGCUUUAGCAGCCUCCGGGGUGCACGACGCACCUCCGCCCCCUUACUCCAGCCUCAGAAGGCCUCACUGAAGACCUGCUUGCAGCGCGGGCUCCCUGAACUGUGCCCCUGAUUCAUAGCGGAUUCCGGAAGUCGCCAGCUUCUUCGACGACUGGGCUUCAGUGUGUCCGUGGGGGAGUCAGGGUCGUCGGACCCGAGGUCUACCAUGACACACGUGUUUCCGCCGGGCACGCAUACACGCACGUCCCUGACCAUCCUGUUGCCGAGUUGGUGCCCCCGGCCCUCCAGUGACCCCCCCCCACACUUCGUCUGAGCAGUGGCCCUGCCUCAGAAUGGGCAGACCUUUUAGGAAACUCGGAUCAGACGUGACUCGGCUGUCACUCCACUGGUGCCGCGGGGCACGUACGCGCAGGGAACCAGGCCCUUGCACACGCCUGACUUCGUGUAUUUCCCCAGUCGGGCACAUGGGCGGUUUGUAAUCCAGUAUAAAGGUGGGGGGCGCAUUUGCAAUGUGCUGUAAGCGGGGUGUCACGCUUGUGUUGCACCCGGGUAAAUGGAGUUGAUCUGAGCUGCCCUCUGCUUAAAAACCCUUUGGGAAAGGAAGGGGGGAUGGAAGAAAUAAAAAAUUGAAACAAUGAGAAAAAAAUAAAAAUGCAAAAGAACUGA